AUGGCUCACGAGGCAGCCAGUUGUCUUGGAAUCUUUUCAACGUUUAUAUGGUUUGACCUUGGAGUAGACAGUGGUCGAUUCUGUAGAGUUGGGCAGCAUUGUUUUAUAAAGAAAAUUGGGCAGAAUAUGAGGAGAAUCUUGGGAACAUGUGAUGAGAAAAAAGACAUUCAGCAUUUGCAGAAGGAGAAAACCCAUGUGAAGGAAGAUUCAAAUGAGGUACGCUCCCUCGCGUGGAACUCCUUUCAAUAA